AUUAAACAAAUGAUUCCAAUAACAUAAAAUAAUAAAUUGACAACUGAUGUUUAAAUAAAUUGUUCAAUUCAAACAGUUGUUAGACAUUCAUAUAAAUGGGUGAUUGCGCACUAAAUCCUUACAAAAUGGGUUCUCGAGGUUAAGGGGUAGUUACCCAAACUAUUAAUACUAAGAAAACAUAUUCAAAUACCAAGUUGAUUUAACAAUUAGCUAUUAAUUGUUAGUAAUUUGCAUCUGUUCAUACUUCAUUCAAAUGGACAAUUGUGCAUUCAAGAGUAGAUAAAAUAAUUGAGGUCAAAAAUGAGUAAACAUUGCAGAAUGAUUGCAUCAGUAUGAAUAGUCUUCUACUAUGAAAAUACUUGUGAUAAAGACAAAUUAAUGAAUAUUCAUAAAUCUAACUGAUUGCCUAAAUCGUUUAUGGACCUAUUGAAAAGGAGGCCGGAUCUACAUGAAUGGCAAGGUAACGAAAAAUUGGACCUUUUUAAGUGAAGGAGCGUUAGCAGUAAAUGACAAACUGUCCUCGGUAUACGUCGUUUCACUCGACUGAGUCUGCAGUGGAUACCCCUGACACAUUCAUUAAGGACAAAUAUUGUUUAGUAUCAGUGCAGCCGUCCGUCUCAUCACUUUCAAAGCCAUGGAGAAACAAGACGUGAUUUCAGAUUUACAUUACCUGCCUAUUAUUAUGUUUGUUUCAUUGCCAUCUAUUAUUGUCAUUACAUACAUUAUUGCUGUGGUAAAUGGCCAUGUAGAACCAGGAUUUCCUUACAUUUCGGAUGCUGCAGCUUUUCCACCAGAAAGUUGUAUUUUUGCUCAGUUUCUAAAUUUAAUUGCUGUCCUGAUGUGCAUCAUAAUUUACAUAAGAUAUGCACAAGUAAAAGAGGUAUCAAACACUUAUCAGCUAUCAGCAUUUUGGCAAAGGUUGAACAACAUUUCUUUGAUCAUUGGUAUAAUAUCAACCCUUGGAAUGUCAAUAACAGGCAAUUUUCAAGAAACGUCCAAUCUUGUUGUCCAUCUCAUUGGUGCUACUUUAUGUUUUGGUGGCGGGACUGUUUAUAUAUGGCUUCAGGCAAUAUAUUCUUAUCGAUUGAAUCCUAUUGGUUGUUCUCCAAGAUUAACUCAUUUAAGACUGGGUUUAUCAGCUUUUUGUACAGUUUGUUUUUUUGUAGUUUUUAUUGGUGCUGCUUUAGCAGCCAAGGAUUACAAUGGCAGUGAUCCAAAAACAUGGUCAAAGAAUGAUGGAGGAUGGGAAAUGCAUCUUCUGAGUACGAUAACAGAAUGGCUCUGUGCUUGUACUAUUUGUGUGUACAUUCUUAGCUUUACUAAUGAAUUUCGCGAAGUACAAUUAAGUUAUCCAAAGAUAAGUUAUAAAGCUGAUUACACAAGGAAAAUUUACGGUGUAUUUGAAGCUACGCCUGACUCAAUUAGUCCAACAAGAAGUAUUUGAUCGCGAAUGAAAGAUGCUUGUAGUUACAUGAAUGGUUCUUCUUACUCACCAAUAAAUACCCCAUAUAUUGAGAUAAAUGGGUGUGAUCAGCAUGAUUCUGAAUCUACACGAUUGUUAUUCCGAACAGAAAUGAUUGAUAACUCUGAAAGCAAUGUAGCUGUUCAUUGUAGACAUCCAGUGUAUGCCUACAAAACAUUUAAUUCUGAACAUGUAAACAAUGAACAGUUAUUAAAACAAUGUACGAAUGUUUCAGUAUAUUCAGAGUCUUCAGAAUCUUGUCAGCCUUGUUCCACAUAUUCUCCAGCUAACAGCCAUGAGAUUUAUGGUAUAUUAUCAGAAAAAAGCGAUAGAAUGUACUCAAAAAGUACAACUAUUCCAAUGGAUAAUACACUCAAUUUUGAGAUAGCAAAUAGUCACAGUAACUACGAAAUUUAUUAUAAUCGGCCAAGUAGUUUUUGUGGGCCUAUUGAUAAAGAAUAUUCAGGUGAGUGGUCAGUGGAUAGAAAUACUCCGGAAAAAUGUGAUAAAAGAAGAUUGAGAAGUUCUAGUAGUUCGUUUACAAGUGAAGAGUUUGAUUUAAGUGCUUGUGAUAUAGAGCAGUGCCUAAUGCAGAUUGAGGAGAGUCUUUUGAAUAUUGAACAAAAUCUUCGGCACGUACAGAAUCUUGAAAUUCCACAGCUCAAUAGUUUGUUAAAUAAUAGAUUUAUUGUUGAUAAAAAAAAUUACAAGAAACUACGACUUUCUCGUAGUGCAAGUGAUGACUGGCCUUUUAGUAGAAAUAUCAAGGGUAAUAAUGCAUUUAAUAACACAAGACUUUCACAUUCUGAUAAUGAUAUUAACGUAGAAAAAAGAAUUCGUUUCAACGAAGCUAAAAAUUUUGAUGUGUUUUCGUCUCGAAAAUCUUUUCUUAAAAAAUCAGAGACGUUAUUAGAAAGUAAUUUUGAAAAAUUACAAUUCCUUAAAGAAAUAGAAACAAAUAUUACUAACUGUCAUAAUAAUAACUCUCAUAAAAACAAUAAUGAUAAUAAUGAAGUUAAACAUGUAGAUACAGAAAAAAAGCCUAUAUUUAAACGUAAAAAAAAUUUUUUAGAUGAUAAACGUUGCUUUACUAGCUGUAAGAAACGUAAAACUUCAGUAAAUAAUUAUUUUUCUAAAAAUAAUGGUCCCGUUUUCAACAGAAAAACACUAACUUCACAAGGGACACUUGAAAAGUAUGCAAGAGAAUCAUUCAAAAGUCGGAAGAAAAAACGUGAAGCAUUUAAGAGAAGUAUGAAUUGUCAAACAAAUGAUUGUUUAUUUAAUAAAAUAAAUGCUAAAGCAAUUGAAUUCCGUGAAAAACUUGAAACUCUCACGAUUGAAGAUAAAUCUCAUGAAACAUGUUGGAAAGAACAAGGAGAGGUUGCCUCAACAGAUAAAACUCACGGAGAAAGAUUUUCAUUAGAUAAUAACAAUCAUAGAGAUGUUAACGUUGACAAAAAGUUAUCGGGUAAUGAUAAUCGUAAACAAAAAUAUUUUCCUAAUAAAAUGCAAUCUUCUGACAAUGCUAUUGUACCAAGAAAAUUAUUAUCAUUAUCAUUUUCAUUACUCCUAGCAGCUUUACUUCAAGCAGUAAGAUGUCUUGCAGACAUAGUUGAAGAUACUUUUCGCUCUGUCACCCUUGAUAAAUAUGCUUUACACGAAUAAGUAAAUAAGUUCACUAUUGUUAUGGGCAAUAAAUUUAAAGAAUAUUGAUAAUUUUUUAUAUUCACGAAAAAUAUAACUUGUUAUUUUGUGUACUAUCUUUGAUUAAAUUGAAAAUUUUUAUUUGAUUCAACGUUAAAUCUUAAUAAUAAAAAAUAUUUAUCAAAGUUUCUGGGUAUAAUUACUUCUAUUAAUGAUAAAGAUUAAUUAAAUCAUUUUUAAGAGUAGGGUGCUUCACUGGAAUGAAGCUGUUUAAUAGUAUAAAAUAUACAGAUUUGUAUAUUAUUCCAAGUGCCAUCAAACUUCUGUGGGCCUCAUUAAAAAUAUAAAUUAUAUUUUACACAUCAUUAUAUUUAUCUAAAUAAAUUAGCCUGAUUUAAUAAUUAUCAAAAAAUGUUUACGAUUGGAGCAAUUAAUAAAUAAUCGAUGGGUAUACAUUUCUACUGCACGGCUUCUAUGUAAACUUAAUCAAAUGUAUGUACAUCGUAUUUUGAUAACGAUACUGGAAAAAAUGCUAGUAAUUAAUAUAUUGUCCUCAAUAUUCCAAAUGUAAUUAAUCAAUCAACAAUUCCAUAAUUAUACGAAUUUAAUAUUAUGUAAUAAAGAACUUUUAAUUAAUA